ACAAGGUUUGGGGGUCCUCAAUAGUUGGGGGAGUCGUGUUUCUUCCCAACUCUUCUUCUUCUUCUUCUUUUCCUAUCUGAAUUUAAUAAAUUUAUUUGCUAAUAUCUGAUUAGACUCGCCGUUUGAUCACCACCAUCUUCUUCCUUUCGGAAGUCUAUCGUACGUGAAGCAUUUUGAGAGAAAUGGACUCCAGAGGGGUUAAGUUCACAAAGGGACUGUUGCAAAGUGAUGAACUAUCUCAGUACAUCUUGGAGACUAGUGUGUAUCCUCGUGAACCAGCGCCUCUCAAGGAGCUAAGGGAUGCCACUGCCAGUCAUCCUCGGGCUGGGAUGGCUACUGCACCAGAUGGAGGUCAGCUACUAGCCAUGCUGUUGAAGCUAGUAGAUGCAAAGAAGACAAUUGAAAUUGGGGUUUUCACGGGAUACUCUCUUCUCCUCACUGCGCUUACAAUUCCCGAGGAUGGCAAGAUUGUAGCCAUAGAUAUAGAUCGUGAGACAUAUGAACAAGUAGGGUUGCCAAUCAUAAAGAAAGCAGGUGUUGAGCACAAAAUUGAUUUCAUUGAAUCCGAGGCUGUACCAGUUCUUGAUAAGCUAUUAGAAAAUCCUGAAAAUGAAGGCAGUUUUGACUUUGCCUACGUGGAUGCCGACAAGGUUAACAAUUGGAAUUACCACGAGAGACUAGUGAAGCUGUUGAAGGUGGGUGGCUUAGUUGUCUAUGACAACACACUCGUCAGAGGAUCAGUCGCAUUGCCUGAUGAGUUAGUUCCAGAGCCGAGGAAACAGCGCAGACAGGUAGCCAUUGAGCAUAACAAGACACUUGCAGCUGAUCCUCGUAUCCAAAUCUCGCAUGCUUCUGUGGGUGACGGCAUGAUGAUUUGUCGCCGAAUCAUAUAACUUUGGCUCCACUGUUAUAUACAAAAUAACACUUCACAAUCGACCUUUGCUUCUGAGAUUUGUACAACAUUUGUGAGCGUGAAGUUGUAGUUGACUACUCCACUCCACUGCAGUAAAAUGUUAUAUCUAAUUAAGUGUGCUUUUAUGGAA